UCGCCCUAGGGUUUUAAACCCCGCCCUCUUCCCCAUUCCGCCGACCACCUGCUCCCCCCUAGGGUUCCGGCGAGCUCGGGCGCGCGCCCCCGGCCGGCCAUGCCUCCGCCCCCGCCCCGCGAGCUCCUGGCCGUCGUCGAGGCGGCGCUGCUCGGCCCCUCCCCGCCGUCGCCGGCGCAGCGCGUGGAGCUCCUCCACGCCGUCCGCGAUGCCGCCCCCGCAUUCCGCGCGCUCCUCUCCUAUCCGGGGCCGAGGGCGUCUGAUCGGACUCAGGUGGAGGCUAAGGAAGUGCGGCUCCCGGACAUGCCGCCCAUAACGCUUGACGACACCGAUGUGCAGACAGCCCUCAAGUUGAGUGAUGAACUCAAUCUUAAUGAGAUUGAAUCCGUUCGCUUGCUAGUUGACGCCAACAGAGAGUGGGUUCUAUAUGGGCGAGAGCCACUGGAAAUAUAUAGGCUUGCAGCUGGCCUUUGGUACAUGGAGAGAAGAGAUCUUAUAACCUCUUUGUACAUUCUGUUACGGUCUGUUGUACUUGACCAAGGGCUUGAUGCUGAUCUGAUGUAUGAAAUACAAAAUCAAAUGGAGGCUCUAUUUAAUGAUGGUCUCCGGCAGCGUAUAAUUACACUUGUAAAGGAACUUAAUCGUGAAGAACCAGCUGGCGUUGGCCGACCAAGCUCUGAGCCCUAUGUGCUUGAUUUUAGAGGGGCUCUUGUGGAAAGGCGUGCCAUUGUUUCUCGUGAGAGAUUAACUCUGAGCCACUGCCUUGCUCUUUCUGCACUUAUUAAAUUGAUGAGUCCCAGGGAGGUUAAAGAUGUAUUUUCAAUGCUAAAAGACUUUUCAGCUGAAGUUAAUGAAAAUACUAGCGUGGAGCUUCAGAUCACCUAUGGCGUUCUUUUUUCUCUAGUAGUAACUUUUGUUUCUGAUGCUUUAAGUACUUCCCAUGAGAAAGCAUCUUUGUCAUCUUCUGAUUCUUCGUUCAGAUGUGAUUUUCAUGAACUGGUGAUGAGGUCAGAUAACAAUUCUACUAUUGAAGGAUUUGUUGGUGUUGUGCGACUUGCAUGGACAGUUCAUUUGAUGUUAACUCAAGAUCGAAGUAUUGCAAGGGAUACUCUCACUAGUUCUUCGGGAGACGUGGCAGAUAUAUGGGCAUGUCUGGAGAUUAUUUGUCGCCAGAAUACUUUUCAGUUUCUGCGGGAACGAGUUAUGCAAACAGCUGCCUACAAGAAUGACGAUGAGGAUAUUGUUUACAUGUACACUGGCUACAUUCACAAGUUGAUGAUGUGCUUUCUUUCCCAUCCGACUUCUAGAGACAAGAUAAAGGAAAUAAAGGAAAAAGCAAUGAAUGCCCUCAGUCCAUAUGGUUCACUCAGAGAUCAUAGAGAAGGUCCCAGCAGAACUGGAGAACAAAAUGGUCAGCCUAGCAAUCAGCCUUUCAUCUCUCUCCUGGAAUUAGUUAGAGAAAUAUAUCAGAACGAACCUGAGCUAGUGCAUGCAAACGAGGAACUGUGGACCUUUAUCACGUAUGCAGGAGAAGAUCACACCAAUACACAAACUCUUGUGGCAUUCCUUGGACUUCUUAGUACUUUGGCUUCCAGUGAAGUUGGUGCUGCCAAAGUAUAUGACUUGCUCCAGGGAAAAAUCUACCGCUCAGUUGGUUGGAGCACUCUCUUUGAUUGCUUAUCUAUUUAUGAAGAAAAGUUUAAAGAAUCCCUUCAAUCUUCUGCAAGCAUGUUGCCUGAUUUUCCUGAAGGGGAUGCACAGGCGCUUGUUUCAUAUUUAGCUGUUCUUCAGAAGGUGGUUGAAAAUGGUAAUACUAUUGAAAGACGGAAAUGGUUCCCUGAUAUUGAACCGUUGUUUAAGCUCCUCAGCUAUGAAAAUGUGCCCCCAUAUUUGAAGGGAGCUUUGAGAAAUUCGAUUACUGCAUUUAUCAAAGUGUCGCCACUCUUGAAGGAUGCCAUUUGGAGUUAUCUUGAACAAUAUGAUCUUCCAGUGGUUACGCCUCCACUUGGCCAGCAUAGUGCAACACAGGUCUAUGACAUGAGGUUUGAGUUGAAUGAAGUUGAAGCAAGGAGGGAGAGUUAUCCAUCAACCAUAUCAUUUCUCAACUUGGUCAAUGCUCUAAUUGCAGAGGAAAGAAGCAUAAGUGACAAGGGCCGGAGGUUUAUGGGUAUAUUCAAGUUUGUUUAUGAAGACGUCUUUGGGCCUUUUCCUCAAAGAGCCUAUGCCGAUCCUCGGGAGAAGUGGGAACUGGCAGUUGCCUGCCUCGAGCACUUUCACAUGGUUUUAAGCAUGUAUGACAUCAAGGAGGAUGAUAUUUUUGCUGCUGUUAAUGCAUCUGGACCUUCGACUAUAUCUCAUGCCUCAAUCGACAGACAGCUUCCUUUGCUAGAGCUACUCAAAGAUUUCAUGAGUGGAAAAGUUGCUUUCCGCAAUAUUAUGAACAUCAUAUUAGUGGGUGUGGACACUCUUAUUAAUGAGAGAACUACCCAAACUUAUGGGAUUCUUCUGGAGAAAACUGUCCAUCUGUCAUUUGAAAUAUUUAUUCUUGUCAUGGAGAGAGAUCUGGUGCUUGCUGAUGUUUUCCGUCCACUCUACCAGCCCUUGGAUGUCGUGUUAGCUCAAAAUCAUAGACAAAUUACAGCUUUGCUGGAGUUUGUACGAUACGAUUAUCUUCCUCAGAUUCAACAAUGCUCUAUAAAAAUUAUGGGGAUUUUGAGUUCUAGAAUAGUUGGUCUUGUUCAGUUGCUUUUGAAAGCAGAUGUUGCUAAAUCGGUAAUUGAGGAUUAUGCCGCUUGUUUGGAGUUUCGCUUUGAUGAUUUCCAGGUCAUAGAGAACACAAAAGAUGAUGUUGGUGUUCUAAUACUACAGUUACUUCUCGAUAAUAUUUCUCGUCCAGCUCCUAACAUUACACAUUUACUCCUAAGAUUUGAUGUAAAUGGAUCCAUAGAACGAACGGUUUUAAAACCGAAGUCGCACUACAGUUGUUUAAAGACAAUUCUUGACAAUCUUGAGAAAGUGACAAAGCCAGAUAUAAAUGCCUUGCUGCACGAAUUUGGUUUUCAGCUUCUGUACGAGUUAUGUCUUGAUCCUUUAACUUGUGGACCUGUCAUGGAUCUCCUGAGUACAACAAAAUAUCAGUUCUUUUCUAAGCAUGUUGGAACCAUUGGUGUUUCACCACUUCCAAAAAGGAACAACAAUCAAUCUCUUCGUAUUAGCAUGCUCCAUGAGAGGGCAUGGUUGUUAAAGAUGCUAGCGUUGGCGUUGCAUGCAUCGGAUAUAUCAUCGUCUGUGUACCGGGAAUCCUGUCUUGCUAUUCUAUGUCAUACUUUCGGCCAAUGUGCUGAAAACUUGAGGAGUGCAAAUUUGUUGCAAUCUCCUGGCGCGAGCAAUUUAUCAAUGAACAAAAACAAGGUUUUGGACUUGCUUGAAGUUAUCCAAUUCAGAUGUCCGGACACCUCCAUUAAAUAUCCCCAGUUGCUUUCUAACCUGAGACUUGAAUCAAAGAUCGAAGAGAUCCUAAGAAAUUCAGCAACAUCCGAAUUUGGUGGUGUAUAUUAUUAUUCAGAGCGAGGUGAUCGAUUAAUUGAUCUGGAUGCAUUCCAUGAAAAACUUCUCCAGAUGUCUCUUUUAUUGAAUCCUCAAUUAAGUGAGUCUGAGAAAAACGAGCUAAAAGAAUCAUUCCAUCAAAUGCUGAAAUGGGCCUGGAGAUAUAACAAAAAUCUUGAAGAACAAGCCGCCCAGCUUCAUAUGCUGACUGGCUGGUCGCAUAUUGUUGAAGUAGCAGUAUCUAGAAGGAUGUCAUUACUUGAAGAUCGUUCUCACUUAUUGUUUGAGCUCCUUGAUGCUUCAUUAAGUGCCACAACAUCUCCAGAUUGUUCAGUAAAAAUGGCAUAUAUUUUAACCAAUGUAGCAUUGACUUGUAUGGCGAAACUACGGGAUGAAAGAUUCAUUUGCCCAACUGGUGCGGAUUCUGAUGCAGUUACUUGCCUUGACAUUAUUUCGGCAAAGCAGUUGUCAAAUGCAGCAUGUAAUUCAUUAUUAUUCAAACUUACGAUGGCAAUACUGAGAAAUGAAUCAUCUGAGACCUUGAGAAGACGCCAAUAUGCAUUACUGUUAAGUUAUUUACAAUACUGCCGCAACAUCCUUGACUCUGAUGUCCCUCCAUCCGUUCUUCGGUUCUUACUACUUGAAGAGCAAGAGAGAGAUGAUGAUGAACUUAGUCUUCAAAAGGUUCUCAAGGAACAGAAUGAAUUAGUGUGGACCAAUUUUUCUAUCGUAAGGAAGGAAGCUCAAGCAAUCAUCGAUUUGGUUGCCAAGGAUGCUAUCCAUGGAAGUGAAGCAGGCAAAGCUAUUUCAUUCUAUGUUCUUGAUUCACUAAUAAGUAUUGACCAGGAUAAGUAUUUCUUGAACCAACUUCAGAGUCGAGGAAUUCUCAGAACAUGUCUAAGUGAUGUUAGCACCUAUUUUUCUAAGGAAACAUCAUUCUCGUCAGAGUCUUCACAGAGGUUUUGCACUAUUGAUGCUCAAUUGUCAUUACUUCUGAGAAUCAGUCACCAUUAUGGGAAACAUGGCUCCCAGAUUCUGUUGUCCAUGGGUGCUCUACAUAAUCUUUCAUCCUGCAACCUCAUGGGUUUACAGAAAAAGGCAAAUUCAAGGCUCAACUCCACUGUGGUGAAAGCACGAGCUGGGGAAAUUGACAAGAGGAGGUCACUUACUGCACCGAUACUUAGAAUCGUCACAUCUUUCACCUCACUUGUGGACUCUGCUGAUUUUCUUGAGGUUAAGAACAAAAUUGUACGAGAGGUAGUGGACUUUGCCAAGCAGCAUCAAUCCGUUUUUAAUAGCAUUUUAAGGGAGAGCAUAUCUGGAGCUAAUAUAUUGACCUUGGAGCGACUUAAUAUAGUGGUCUCUAUUCUCGGCAAGGUAUGGGCAUAUGAGGAAAAUGAUGAUUGCAGCUUUGUCCAAGAUCUAUUUUCCAUGAUGCAAUCUCUUUUCAGUCUUGAUUUUGGGUCUCUCAACUUUAUGCAAUCACCAAACAUGAUUGAGAAUCAGAAGUCAGAAUUGAUAGUGUUUGGUCUGUGCUUUAGUCUUAUCUCCUAUCUAUAUGUUCUGGCUACAAAAAAGGAUAUGAGGUUUCAAAUUUCAUAUGAUGAUAGUAGCGAAAGUGGUCAGCAGCAACCAACACUACAGCUGGUUUCAGAUCUUCUAAACUCAAUAACACUUGCUAUGGAAAGAGUAGCUGAAGAAAAAUAUAUGUUGCUAAAUAAGAUUCGUGACUUGAAUGAGUUAUCUAGGAAGGAGGUUGAUGAGAUAAUAAAAUUAUGCAUGAAACAAGAUUGUAUUUCUCCCAACGAUAACAUCCGUAAAAGGAGGUACAUUGCAAUGAUAGAAUUGUGUUGCAUGGCCGGCAACCGUGAUCAGCUCAUAACCCUUCUACUCCAAAUCGCAGAAUGCGCUGUCACUAUUUUGCUUGUUCAUUUUCAAGACGAGUCUUGUUCAAAAGAUCUUUCUUCAUUUUGUGAUGAGUUGCUUCCUAUCCUGGAGAGGCUAGAGCAUUUUAAAGAGGACAAAGUCGGGCGGAACCUCAAGCUAUUUCAUCGAUCUGUUACCACUCUAAAAGAGAUGACCAUCAGAAGCAUGUCCUUGUGAAGAACGAGGGAGAGAUGUCAGAUGUAUACAAAUGUAACCCUUUUGUAGCAUAUAGAUUUCAAGCUGUAGAGCCUAUGUUGUACACCGUUACAUACUGUAACAUGAUGCUAGUUGGACAAUAUAACUCUAGGGCACUAGCCAGCUGUGUCAGAUGCAAAAUUUCCGUCUUGUGAAGGGAAACCUGAUCAAGGAUCAGUUUUUGAAGUUUUGAAUCUUAGCUAACAGUCGAUUUCGUCAUUUGCAUGAAACAAAGGACUGAAUGCCUUGGAACUCUUUGCAGAUGACAAGUACAAUUUAUCGUCAUGCAGCUGAAAAACGUCUCCACUAUGGGGUAGCCAUGUCCCGUCUGUUCCAUGUAAACAACGACAUAUUUUGUCCAAAAGCAUGCAGCUAUGCGGGUUC